AAUGUUGUUUUAGUUUAGUUUCUGUUUCUGUUUUUUCUCCCUCAAAAAUGGAAACAACAACACCGUUAAUAAGAGUAUCCGGGACAAAAGUAAAGCAAGCAUCUUUACUAUGGCUUGAGGGUUUUAGAGAAGCCUGUUGCUUGCAUAGAGUAGUCAUUCUCUGCCUCAGGUCAAAGUCGCUUUUGAUUAGAACAGGGCAGUGUUUUCUCUUAAAUGGUUUCAUCUUUUUAGGGAGUAUAUUUGUCCUGAACUCGGUUGUCAUCCCAACGUUACAAUGGAUACUACCUGAUGAGUAUUCUGAUAUUAGUUCUCAAGAACAAUUCACAUUUGGCAGUAUUUUAAAACUUUAUUCCUUUUUACGUGUUGGACUCAUACAACUCUUUUAUGUUUUUUGGUUCUACCCAUUGUAUGUAUUUAGCUUUAUUCUGAGCACUCUCUGGUACAAUGAAAUUGCUAAGUAUGGUUUUGCUGCAAUGGGAAGAGAUGAAUGUAAAGCAUUGGAAUCCUUAAGUGAGAAUGAGGUAACAACAUCCUCAGACAACACAAGAACAACAGAAAAGCCUGCUGGUCUAGGAGGGGUUAUGAUUGGUAUUGGAGAGCAGGUGUAUUCUAUACUGCUUUUGAGCUUCUUCUUUUUAGAGGUUUAUGUUACUGGAUUCAUACCACAUAUAGGGAAGGCACUCAAUUUUGUGCUUCUUUCCUGGAUGUAUGCUUACUACUGUUUUGAGUACAAGUGGAAUUUGUCUGAAGUGGCACUGGAUAGACGCCUGGACUUCUUUGAAUCUAACUGGGCAUUUUUCGCUGGUUUUGGAAGCCCUUGUGUUCUGGCUAUUUUCUUCUUCUCUCCUCUUGUGAGCUACGGUGUCAUGGCUAUUCUUUUCCCACUGUUUGUUUUGGCUGCAACUGGCUCAGGGGCUGAGCAACUUAUCUUCACUCAAAGAAGAAAGUGGAAAGGUUUCGGAUUGGGAAGGCUUCCAAUAUUUUAUGUGGCAGAUACAGUGUCGAUGCGAAUCUUGUCUCUGAUAAACUUCGAAUCUAAAGAACAAGUGCAAGAGAAUAAGGCUCUUUAAGUUCUGACUUAAUUCCUACGCCACGCAAUCAUUUACUAUAUUUUCUUCAUUCAACAGUAUGCGCUCUCGCUCAAGCAGUUCAUCAGAGCAAAACUUCCUAAAGAUUUUAUAGAAAUCAAGUUAGAAGUGGCUCAAAGGUAAACAACAGUUCCCAUUGGACUUGACCGAAAGGGAAUACUCUGUACUUUGUGUAGAUAGAGAUCAGAUGUCACCUAUGUAUUAUUGUGUAUAGCAUUUUUAAUUAAUCAUGUAUUGCUGAUAUGUACAAAAUAAUUAUGAAAAUUACAUUCUGGAUAUUUGUACUAAUCAAACUUGGAAAACUGUGAAAAAGUCUCCAAAUUGUGGCUGUAAACAGUUUUAAGAUGUGAGACUGUAGGCAAUUAAGAGUAUCUCCCCCUCUCCUAUUUUCUUCUUC